GGGCAAAGACCAAGCCGGCCGCUCGGAAGAUGGCCUUAGAGGUCCUCGCCGCGGGCUCCCUCUACCAAGGCCCCGAAGUCAACAGGAUAAGGCUGAUGUCAGACUCGUCGAAAAAGGCAGCCUCCCCGCUGAAAAGCCUGGUCCCCGCCAACACCAAACUCACCACCAUCGAGACCAAGAGGAUCAUGUCCGUCCUGGACGAGACCAUCCACAAGGCGGAGCUGGCGAGCCUGCUGUCGUUCGCGGCCGCCCAUGUGGAGGCGCUGGCGGGCGGCCUGGGCGAGCGCCUGGCGGGCGCGCUGAGCGAGCACGCGGACCUGUGCCGGGUGCUGCAGGACGGCGUCGCCAGCCUGGAGGAGGAGGAGCGGCGGCUGCAGGAGGAGGAGGAGUUCGAGGAGGACUCGUGGCUGAGGGACCGCCUCCUCUCGCUGGAGGAGCGGAGAUCCCACCUGCCGCCGCUGAUGCAGCAGAUCCGAGACUCGACCAAGAGCAUCCUGCGGCUGCUGCUCACCAACCCGCAGGCCGCCGGUUUCCUGCAGGCGCAGGCGCGGGCGCAGGCGGGCAGCCGGAGCGCGGGGGCCCAGAGCUUCAUCGACAGCCUGGUCGAGCUCCGGGGGUUCCUGUUUGAGAAGCUGCUCACCAGCCCCAUGGAGGCUCGGGACAAGGCCCAGUUCAUACAGGACAUCACCAAGCGGAACAGGAGGAACCAAGAGCUCAUCGACACGCUGGAGAGCGAGCUGGCGGCGAGGCUGAAGGACCGGGCUGCGGAGGUGGAGAAGGAGAACUUUGUGAUCCAAGAGCUGAAGAACCACCUGCACCAGGUGCUCAAGUUCUCGGAGAGCAGCCUCCUCCGCACCAGGCAGGAGGCGGAGAAGCAGCAGAAGGCGGACUUCCGGGCCUCGCAGGCCAGGGUGGCCAAGAUCCAGCAGGACAUCCUGCAGCUGCACUCGCAGCUCCACAACCUGGUCAUGGAGAACCGCGAGGCAGAGCAGGCGCUGAGGAAGAAGAAAUAUAAAGUGGAGACGGAAAUAGAGAACUGGAUCCAGAAAUAUGAUACGGAGAUGAGUGAAAAGCAGGACGAAUACGAGGAGCUGGACAGCGUCCACAAGGAGGAGAGGGUCCAGCUGGAGGAGCUGAGGCAGAGGCACGACGUCCUGGUGGAGGAGUUUGCCCAGAUCCGCCUGGAGCGGGAAGUCAGCUCCAGAAAAAGGAUGGAGGCCGACCAGGAGAUGGUGCGCAUGGUGCGGGCCGCCACGCUCAUCCAGGCCGUGUGGAAGGGCUACCUGGUCCGCUCCAUGCUCAGGUCCAAGAGGAAGAAGAGGGCCAAGAGCAGAGGGAAGGAGGGGAAGGGGGCAAAGGCCAAGGGCAAGAAGGCCAAGGGCAAGGCAUGA